UAGUGCUGUCCUCUAAAACAAAUCCCCAGCUGAAAACGAAACCCGUUGUAUUCUGCUGAAGUUAAACUCAGGAAGGAAAUGAAGUGAAGCCCUGGCCAUUACGCUCUGUUAUUCAGCGUAAGCUGUGUUGUCGUGGAAAGACCAAACUAGCAGCUUAUACAAUCUUGACAUCAACCCUUUGCAAGCAUGUAGAGUCAUGGUUCCCAUCUACGUACACAAGACUGAUAAACUGAGAUUUUGAACUCUAACUAUUGCAGUUUGUGUUCUACCGAAGAAACAAAGUCACCUACAUCUUGGAUGUCCCGGGGUGAUGCCUGUGAGAUAUUCACUCAAGACCGCGCACCUGUGCAGCCGCGCGCUCAAGUCAUGCUUCAUUUCUUACGGGUAUCACAAGUGCAAAAAAAAGUUGCUUCCCAGCUCCACCUCUAGUUAACCUGUUGCUAGGUAUGAGAGACAGGCUUUUCCGACAGGGAAUAUGUGAAGGAGCAAGAUUAAAGCUUAACUCCCCAGAAUGGCUACUAAAAAAAUUUGGCAAAGAUUGGCUCAAGAUUGUGGUCUAUCUAUGCGUCACAUUAAAAAGACAUUUAUUCUGCUGCUCACAUUAGCAUUUUUAUUGUCUGCUGUUGCUUAUGUCUUUGAGACAACUACAUUCUCUCAAACCUGGUUGAAUAAAAUCAUGAAUCUGACUCAUUAUAAGGUAAUUAAAAGCACUUUGGCUGAUCGUACUGAAAAUAAUGUAUUAUCACCUUUGCCCAAUCAACAAAUCCAACCAAGAGGUACAACUAUCUAUCAUCAUGUGGCUCAUCCAAGCAACUAUCAUUUCAUCCUGGAUGAACCUGAUAAAUGUAAGCAGGAUCCAUUCCUGGUCUUGAUGGUCCCUGUGGCCCCCCAUGAGGUCAAUGCUCGUAACGCCAUCCGCAGCACAUGGGGGACUGAGAGCUCAGUGCAGGGAAAAGCAGUGCUGACUCUGUUCUUGGUGGGUUUGACUGGAGGAGCUGAAGCUCAACAUCAGCUGGAGGAAGAGAGUCGGCAACACAGAGAUUUACUGCAGAGCAACUUCGUGGACUCCUACUUCAAUCUGACCAUAAAGACCAUGGUGAUCAUGGACUGGCUGGCCACCCAUUGCCCUCAAGCAGCUUAUGCUAUGAAGGUUGAUUCUGAUAUGUACAUAAACCUGGAGAACCUGAUGAACCUCUUAUUGUCACCCAACACACCCAGACAGAACUACAUCACAGGUCAUUUGAUGAGGAACGAGGUUGUUGUCCGAAACAAAAACUCCAAAUGGUAUGUGGCAGUGGAAUUGUACCCUGAACCGACAUACCCCACAUACCUACUGGGAAUGGGAUAUGUUUUCUCCAAUGACUUGCCAGAAAAAUUAGUUGAGGCUUCCAAGAAAGUAAAGCCCUUUAACAUAGAAGAUGCAUAUGUGGGCGCUUGUCUGAAACAGUUGGGCGUUGCACCCUCAUCUCCCCCAAACCCUUCACAAUUUAAACUCUUUCUGGGACAAGAUAAUCGAGAAGAUUUUCUCAGAGUUAUCGCAACAAUCCUGAGAUCCCCACAGGAGCUAAUAGAGAUUUGGAAGGACUUAAAGGGGCUCACAUAAAAGUACUGGAGCACAAUAAAAAAAGAUUUAAAAGAGAAGUCUAUUUAAGGCCUCAGUCAGUGAACAUUUUGUAAAUGUCUGAAAGCUGAGAUUGGGUCUAUGACAUACACAUGUGGACAUGGUGACUCUAUUUAGACGGGGCAAGGGGAUCGUCUGAGGAGCCACUCAUGCAAAAUGCACUCCUGGGGAAGAACUUCUUGAGACAUGUUUAACUUCUUUUACCAUGAAACAGGGUUUUAAAAACACAGCAUUCCACCUGAGGCACAAAUAUCAAAGAAAUCAGCAAUGUUUGUUUACAAAGAAAAAUAAAAGAACAAAAAUGAACCUUUCACAGGCUCUAUUACAACUUUUAAGAUUAAAUGUAUAGUUUUCUGAAAUUAACACAAAAGUAUAGACUGUAUGUAUACAUACACAAAGAUGAAUUCCACAUAAUAAUAAUUAUAACUGAAAGGUUAAACAGUGUUUGAAAAGCAAAAGUAUUUUUCCGUAAAUCUCUUUUGGGGCAGGUUGUCAACUGGUGUUAUAUUUACCUUGUUGAUAACUGUAAACUAAUUAAUUUACCAUUUCUGUGGGCAAGAACAAAGGAUGGAUUUAUGUGCAUUGUUUUUCUUUUUUAUUGAUUUGUGAGUUAUUAUGUGUUUCAUAACUUAAUUAUUCUUUUAGUAUUGCUGAAGAAAAAAAAAGUUUUCCUAGAUCAAUGCUCAAUGUUCUGUCAAAUUUUCAACUCAAAUGUGCCUCCCCAGUCUAAAAAGAGUAGGCUUAUUUAUUGAACCUGCAGAUUCAUAAUUUCUAUUUCUUCUUCUUUUUUUUUAAUGUAUACAUCUGUUUUUGUUUGUGAACUGUGUGUUUCAUUUUACUUAUAAGGUUCAUAUUCUUCAACUGUGAUCUCAGUAACUAGUAAUUUUGGACAGAAACACUUCCUGUUGGAAAGGGCGGCAGGCCAACACAUCACCCUUGUUCCAUCCAAAAAAAAAAAAAAAAAAAAGAAAAUCAUCUCUCCAUUGGAGGAAUAAGGAAAUUAACUCUGUGACCAACAAAAGUUUAUGAUUCUUGGAUAUUUUAUCAAUAUAAACUUUACAAAUCAAUGCAAGCUUUAUGAAUUUUUAAGCAAUAUAUAUAAUCACUAGAUAAUGUAAGAUAAUGUAUAUACAGUAGCUCUAUCAAGUGGCCACACAGUAACACAAUAUUCUAUGGGCCUCUUUUUUGACUCUAGCAUAGAUGAAUUACACAAUUAUAUAGGAAUAUGUCCUGCAUUGUUACGUCUCCAGAAUUCUGUGUUCGUUUUACAGUCAUUUUUUUUCUGGUACUGCUUGUGGGCUCUUUAAAAAACUCCGUUUUGGAUCAGUUUGGUCUCUCUGUUCCUGUUUUUGGUUUGGUUUGUACCCUGUGUAUGUGUGUGUGUGUGUGUGUGUGUGUGUGUGUGUGUGAGUGACACAGCAAAUGUUUUGAUCGAAACAUUUGAGAAUAGUUAUAAACUAUUUCUGUGUGUUAGUAAACCUAACUUGCUCCA